AUGCGUAAUUUCGUUGCACUUGAAGAAAAAGGUAGUGUUCGAGAAUUCAUUGCCAAUGAUCUAAGCAAUGCUGGUUUACGUAUCGAUACGAAUAAACAUCGUAAUAACAUAAACAAUCAGCCAUCACCAUCGAUCACUAGCAAUCCUAAACAACAGUCACGUGUGUUCAAUGUACCUCUCCAUCAAAUGGAUGCGAUUUCGAUUAAAAUUGAUAACUUGGACUUGACAGUACCGAUCUUCUUACGUUGGUGUUUCGAUUGCAUACGUCGUUCAAUUAAACAUGAAGGUCUCUUUCGCAAAUCUGGUGGAUCUCAACGUAUUAAAGAAUUAAUGGUUCGAAUCGAAGAUGGUCCACUAACUCCUAAUCUCUCGCCAUCCAAUACAGUCUUUGAUAUUUGUUCAUUAUUCAAAGAAUUUCUCCGUCGUCUUACGUAUCCUUUAAUUACAUAUCCAUUACAAGAUCUUUUACUUGAUUGCUUUUCAAUGCGAUCAUUAUCGUCCGACAAAAAAGUCGAUAUAUACCUGAAUAUUCUCCUCCUUUUACCGGAUGAACACUUGCAUGCACUUAUUUAUAUCUUACGGUUUUUGCAUGAAAUUACGUUGAAUGAACGCGAUAAUAAAAUGAAUGCGAAAAAUCUAGCAAUCUGCGUUGGUCCCGGCAUCAUGCGUACGGCAGUCGAAGGAAAAGCCAAUCUUAUGACGGAACAAUGUGCAACGAGUGUUAGUGACAUUGUUGAAGCAUUAAUUAUCAACGCAACGAAAUUAGGUUACGUUGCCGACUCAGUUUAUGAACGUUCACAAAUGUUAUUGGAGAUGAGACAAAAAGAAGCAGCACAAAAUACGGAUGAAAGUUUUGCAAUUGACAACGGAAUUGAGAAUGGAAUUGGUGGUGGGAAAAUUAACGAUCCAGCAAAUGCUAAAAAACGACGUAGUGGUUCAGUUAAAGAAUUUCUUGUUCAUAUGACCAAUCGACUUCGUCGUCGAUCGGGUUCCAACAAUGAUAGUCGCGACCAGACACAUGUUUUUCUCGAUCAAAGUGGAAAAUUAUCUUCUUCUCACACACGAGAACAUCGUUAUCAUUAUCAACAGAAUAGUAUCAGUGGACAUUGUUUAUCCUCAUCGUCGAGUUCAACUACAACGACGAAACGAAAAUCGAGUGAUGAUCCCAAUGGCGGCAAUUCAAAACGAGGAAAAACGAAGACAACAGAAAAGUCAUCGUUACCAGAUACGAAUCGUUUUACUAGUCCAAUCACAGCUUUUCGUCGAAAGAAAAAGACACCUGGAAGUAUUAAUGAUCCAGGUUUUCCUUUCAAAAUUGAACAUUCACAUCUACCACAAUUACUUCAUUUUACUGAUGAAGUACCUCUACGUUUUACGAAUGCUAGUGGCAAUACAGCUUCGUCAGUUUCAUCGUCUUCUUCUUCAUCGUCGACGACGACACCAAGUGGUCUGCAGCCUUCGGCAAUGAUACCAUCAGAAACACAAUCAUCUUUAUCGAGCAAUGCAGGACCUGCAGCAUGUAUUAAUAAGUCACUCGAUGCAAAGAAACUUAAUCUGCUGGAUUCAUGGAAAUGGCCAAAAUCAAGUCGAAAAGCUGAACGUAAACCUCUUGUCGCCAUCCACGCUCCUAUGCUGCUCACAUCAACAGUUGGCUCACUGUCUCUAGCCCAAUCGCCUCCAUCGCCUAUUAAACCAGUGAAUGGAUCCAAUCAAUCAUCCUGCCAACAAAUGGCAGGAACGUCUCUCUUGAUGCAUUCUAGUUUUGGUGUUGCUCGUCGUCACUCAGACGAUGUUGCUAGUACAUCCCUUUCCACAACAGCCUAUCGACCGCGUCGUUCGAUCUCAUCCAGUGGUGGUCAACAACAAACACGUCAUGUGGUUUGUAUGUCAAAUAAUUAUUCACAUUCUUUACCAUCGAACCAACAACAAGAUGCAAGCGAUGAUGAUGAUCACGAACCAGAACAAGGCACAUGCAAUGCACAAUCGAUGCCGAAUAAUCUUAAUUCAAGUCAAGAAUCAUAUGAUGAUGACGAAGAAAUCUCCAAUGAACUCAAUCUUGCUGUUGUCGUUGGAAAUGAAGAUAUGCAAUCGUUGCGUGCAUUUUCCAAUGAACCUGCUUCAACUCAAGGACACGGUUCGCUUGACGUGGCAUUCAUUGAUGAAGCUGAUUUGGAGCGUCAGAAAGCGGCAAGUGAAAUUGAACAGCGUGAUCAUUCGACUGUAAUGGAUACAGUGACUAAUGAUACGGAUACGCUUUCACAAACAAUUGCUGUUCAUGGUGAACAACAUUCAAUUGAAAUGCAAGAAGUCGCUUCUUCGAAUGAUCUCGAUGAGAUUUUAAAACGAAAUGAAAGUCGUGGUAUUCGAUUGACUGACUCAGAUGAUGAAGAACACGUGAAUUUCAGUUUAUCCAUGAAUCGAACUACUCCACCUACAGUAAAAAAAGAUGAAUUGAAAUCUACAACACCUAAAAUGCCAGUACGUUUAUCAUCAUCAAUCUCAAAUCUAAUCUCAACAAGUUCAUUAACCACAAUAUGUAAAGAACGUUCCUUGUCCUGUUCAUUAUCGCAAGCAACGAAUGAAUUAUUUCAUUCAAAAAGUCAUGUGGAAAACGAUGAGAAUAUUGGCGUAUUAAAUGGUGGACGAGAAAGUAUUCUACAAUUGAAAGGCGAAUUAGCUGGACGAGUUCUACGGCAAGUACGAGCUUUCGAACAACGUUCAUCGGAGAAUAUACAGAAUCGAUCCAUAGCAAAUGAUUUGUUCUUAUUAACACAUCAGAAAACGAACGCAAACACAAAACCAUCAUCUCCGAUUCUUUCCACAUUGUCAUCAUUAACGAUAAUGAACACUCCAGAACAGAAUUUCAUCGAACAAGCAUUACGGCAAUCGAAGAAGAUUGUCUCGUCGUCAAGUGGUACCGGUGAAGUAACUCGUUCAGUAAAACGUUUACAAAAUACUCCCAUACGACGAUGGAAAGAACGUGCAAGAGAAUUCGAACGACGUCAUCAGUUAACUCCACCCUAUCGUUUAUUGAAUAAGAAACGCAAAUGA